UUUACGCGAUGCGAGCACGCCACCUAAUGGUACGUAUGUAUUGCAAGUGUGUGAAGGUGUGACAUACGUAACUGCUGCGGCUAGCGUAAAUCCACUCGAAUCCAGUUUUGGCAUUCAGUGCUAAUUUCGAUACGGGUGUGCAGGUCUCUGGGGCUCGUGGCGAUAUCGUGCUGAUUGACCGAUCAAGAGUUUUUUGGACAACAUGAGUGGACCAUUGGCAGGACGUUUGGCGCUGGUGACUGGUGCGGGAUCGGGAAUCGGUCGCAUCACCAGUCAACUGCUGGCCCGUGAUGGUGCCGUUGUCGUGGCGGUCGAUCGUAACCUGCAGGCCGUCGAGGAAACCAUCAAAAGCCUCGGAGGGCAGAAUGACAACACGGCCCUGGAGAUGGACGUCUCGUCCAGUGCCAGCAUCUCGCAAGUUCUUGACGCCACCCUCGCCAAGUACAAGAAUCCACCGACGAUCGUGGUCAACUCGGCCGGUAUCACGCGGGACAAUUUCCUGCUCAAGAUGCCCGAGUCUGACUUUGAUGCCGUGAUCAACGUCAAUCUUAAGGGAACGUGGUUGAUGCUGCAGCAGUUUGGCAAGGCCAUGAUCGAUGCCAAGCUGACCGGAUCGAUGGUGAACGUUUCGUCGAUCGUGGCUCGCAGCGGAAACAUUGGCCAGUCCAACUACUCGCCCAGCAAGGCCGGCGUCGAAGCAAUGACCAAGGUCGUUGCACGCGAGUUUGGCCGGUACAAUAUUCGCGUCAACGCCGUCGUGCCCGGAUUCAUCGAGACGCCCAUGACGAAUGACCUGCCCCAGAAGGUGAAGGACAUGGUCGUCAUGCAGUGUGCCCUGCGCCGGUUCGGAAAGCCCCAAGAAAUCGCCGAAGUAAUUGCGUUCCUAGCGUCGGACAAGAGCAGCUACAUGAACGGAACGUCCGUUGAAGUUACUGGAGGAUAAAUUACGCGAGCUAAUCCGUAUCAAUUGUUCACAAAGUGUCUCAGGGUCAUUUACAAAUGCAUUUAUAUUGAUUGUAAUACUAUAAACGUUGUGUGGAACGCAAA